AACAGCAACCACCUCGCCGCGCACAACGCGUUACAUGGAGCGAUGAUAUCAAGUAAAACGAUUUGAAUUUGUUUUCUUUAUUUCAGCUUGCAAUUUUUCUUUGUUGGGGCACGACAGUCAGCUGCAAUUGUUGUAUUUUUGCAGGGAAUGUCUAGUAAAUGUUGGUGAUGACGAUGAAUCAAAGCAGCAGCAGGAGACCACCAGUAAAGAAGAACAGUCGUCGACAGCAGCACCAGCCGAUAGCAGCCAGACAAAACCGAUGUCCCAGGACUCGAUGUAUGAUGAGACGUGCGAAACUAUUAUAACGGCUCUGUGUACGGUUGGCAAGCCAUGUUUGGUGGAGCAUUCCUACAUUGGUGCUGCAAUUACGAAUACCUCUAGCCAGGACCUGACGCUUGUUGGUAUUGGUGUGUCAAUAUUUGGUACAAUGAUAAAUCGUUGUCAGGUUAGCACAGAUGGGCCCAUGGGUGAACCUGGAUUUCAACAGACCAGAUUGAAUAUAGAUGUUGAAACACCUACAUCGAACACAGCCGAUGGGGCAAACGAUGCGGAAGCAGCAGCAGACGGUGCUCAGACCAGUAGUAGCAUUAAUGAAGCUAGUAAAGAUGUGCCACUUCGUCCACUUUUGGCUUUCUUCCAAUUGGAAAACGCAGAAACUUAUGGUCCCAGAAAACGAUUAAUUUCUACACCUGAGCCAUAUGAGAAGUGGUCCUCGACACCAGUGAAGAACGAACUGAAGUUCGACGAUAAAGGUGGAAGUGAUUAUAUGCCGAUCAAUUACGAACCGCAACCAACUGAAAUUUCGUUUGUUCAGUGUUUCCGAUUACCUGCUCCCCUGAAUAAUACCGAUAUGGAAAUAUCAGCGAUUGUUCCAGUGCAA